CAACCACAAACCUCACACGAACAUUCACGAUGGACGACCAAACUCCCCAGAAUGGGACCCGCCAGGUCCAUGUUCAUUUCUCUACAAAUUUCCCAGACAUUGAGCUUCCGGAAGGGAAGCGCCAGCUCCUCGUCCCCACCGAUGUCCGACGAUACCAAUUAUCGCAGAUCCUUAACUCGGAGUCUAUGCUCGAUACCCCGGCGCCAAUCCCCUUUGACUUCUUGAUCAACGGCACGUUCCUGCGAACAACUCUAGACGAGUAUCUCACAGCAAAUGGGUUAUCCAGCGAGACGACCCUGAACCUCCAAUAUGUCCGAAGUUUGAUACCACCUCUCUACGAAGCUUCAUUCGAACAUGAUGACUGGGUUAGCUGUGUGGAUGUGCUAUCAAAAAGUUCUCCAGCAGGAUCGUGGGGUAAUGGCGGGGUAAUACCCGGGCAAGAGCGCAUAUUAUCAGGUUCAUAUGAUGGAUUAUUACGCGUCUGGAACAAGUCAGCUCAAGCAAUUGCAACUUCACCUUCGGCCAGCGCAGGAGGACACACCGCAAGCAUCAAGGCCGCGAAGUUUAUCUCUCCCACCCAGAUCGCCUCAGCAGGAAUGGACCGUACAAUCCGAGUCUGGAAAUACACAGAGGCAGAGGACCACUUCUCUGCACAGCUGAAACCCACCCUCGAGCUCUACGGCCAUAAAGGCUACAUCCAUUCUAUCGAUGUACACGGUCCGUCAAACCGUAUUCUCACCGCCUCCCAAGACGACAAAAUCGGUAUCUGGACAUCAGUUGCCUCUUCCGCACCAGAAGCACCCUCAACACUCCUCCCCUCCGCUCUCACUUCCAAGCGCCGCAAGCUCUCCACUUCGACAUCUACACCUCAACGCGGCCCUCUGUCCCUGAUCAGCGCACACACGGCUCCCGUCCAAGCCGUGAUUUUCAACCCCCUCGACCCCACCGUUGCUUACUCCUGCGGUCAGGACCACACCGUGCGGACCUUUGACCUGACAACCUCCCGAAACGUCGAUACGCGAACCACAUCGCAUCCUCUGUUCUCCCUUUCCGCCUUACCCGGAAUCUCCUCGCAACUCCUCGCAGCAGGCACCACUGCUCGACAUAUCACGUUAUUGGACCCGCGAGUCUCGGCGCAGACGACGCAGGUCAUGACCCUCAGAGGACACACAAACCUCGUAUCCUCGAUCGCCCCCGACCCAUCAAGCAAUUACGGCUUAAUAUCCGGGAGCUACGACGGCACCUGUCGCAUCUGGGAUCUGCGCAGUACACGGCACGGGACGAAAGAGGAGGGCAGCGGUAUCGUAGGCGAAUCUGUCUAUGUUAUUGACCGGGAAGUGGCCAAGGACAAGAAGCCGGUGGGCGGCGAGGGAGUCAAGGUGUUCAGCGUCAACUGGGAUGUGGAUCUGGGUAUUGUGAGCGCUGGGGAAGACAAGAGGGUCCAGAUUAAUCGGGGAAGGGGGGUUACUAGACCGGAGGGCGUGUGAAUGUCCUGGUAGUUAGUUUGAGAGAAUUGAUACCCGAUCCUGACGAC